AUGGCCCCAAAACGAGGUCAGACCACCGCAGCCAUGAAACGGCCGGCAGCCAAGAAACCACGCCACACAGGUGACGAGGGCCGUCAGACAGUUUGGACCGACGACGAGUUCGAUCUUCAAUCCUUCCUGGCAAGUCUUCUGUCAGACGCCGGACUGGAGCAGAGUCAGACCGACGGUGGCCUGAGACGUCAGACGCCUCUGAUGAUGGCAGGCGGCUGCGAUGGCACCGGUCUGCCUCACUAUGUUGUCUCCAAGAUGCUGAAGAAGGGUGAGGUUGCGUCUGUAUGCGCGUCAGAAAUGAAGCAGGCGCCGGCGAUGUUCAUGCUUCGUCAGACUGAGACGUUCGACGUUGACCACAUCUUCAAGGACAUCAAGUACAGCGUCAGAGGUUCCGGGCCGUGCUGGGUGCACAACCGCUGCUGCAAGUUGUCAGACCCGAGCAUGCAGAACCUGGACUUAUUUGUGUCCGGUUUCUCCUGCAAGCUGAACAGCAGGUCCAACUCAGAACGUUACACGUCAGACCCCAUCGACCUGAACAAGCCAGAGUGUCAGACUUUCGUUGAAAGUCUUGCGUUCGUGAAGAAACACCGGCCGAAGUUCUACGUCCUGGAGAAUGUUUUGGGCGCCUUGCAGCCUCGCAUAAAGGGUGGACGUCAGACCCCCUUGAUGUGGUACGAAGAAGCUCUCCAGUCAGACUUGCCGGACUACACGCAUGCCACGAUGGUUGUCGAUGUGAGCAUUCUCAGCGAGAUGUGCAGCCAAAUGCCACGCCAUUCUGCUGCUGCUUUCUCGUGGUCUGACAAGGGCCCAGUGUCGAAAGCACGGUCAGUCAUGGAGGACGACACUGAGAAGGCCGUGAAAGCCAAACGCAUACCGUCAGAUGUGAAGCCGCCCCCGGUGAAAAGGAGAGCCAGCAGUGGCACAGAAAUGGGCGCUUGGCACCGGGCACAGGUCGAUGUGUAUGAGAUGAUGCUGCAGUCGGCCGGGCUUGGGACGUCAGACCCUCUGGCAGACUUGAGUCAGACAGUGGACCGGGGCCACUACAGGUCAGACGGAGGACUGGCCACGUUGACGACCGGUUGCCUUUGGUACAACUAUCAGAAGAAGGGCUUCAUGGACAAGGCAGACAUGGUCCGUGGCUUGGGCCUCAACCCGGCUGAGGUGGAUUACUCGCGUCACACAUUGUCGGAGCUCCGCGAGAUGCUGGGCAACGGCAUGCGUGCUGCCAUGCUUGUGAAGGUCUGCCUCCCGAUCUUGACAUAUCUGAAGUAUUUCAAUUUUGUCCCAGGACAUCCUCGUUAG